AUGGCAUCCAUUGCAUUCCCCUCUCUGGCCAAAAAAGCGUCGCUUUCCGACGGCACAACAUACGGCUAUGUAGCUGUUGCCCCUUCGUCCCCUGCGCAUGUCACUUUCUUACUCCUUCAUGGAUACCCAUCUUCUUCACACGACUGGCGCCACCAGAUAUCCGGCCUGCAGAGAGAGGGCUACGGAGUCAUUGCCCCGGAUCUUUUGGGUUAUGGUGAUACAGACAAACCCACGGAUGUGAACGCUUAUCGUAUGAAGAGGAUGUGCGACCACAUGGUUGAAAUUCUGGAUAAAGAGGGUGUCUCUCGAGCAAUUGCAGUAGCGCAUGACUGGGGUGUCGGUCUCGGUUCUCGUCUUGCAACAUACCAACGCCGUCGAUUCUACGGCCUCGUAAAUGUGGCUGUUUCAUAUGUCGAACCAGGCGCAGCAUGGGAUAUUGAAGCCCUCUGUAACCUCACCAAGAGCCUCGUGGGCUACGCGACGUUCGGCUACUGGCUGUGGCACAACACCGACGAAGCUGCCGUAGACUGUGAAGCCAAUCCUGCUUCGGCGUUCAACUUGGUCUAUGCCUACGACCCGCUUCUCUGGAUUGCCGACUUCGCCCCCGUUGGCAAGGCGGCGGACUUUGUUCGUGCCGGACGAACAACUCCCCUACCCUCCUGGUACAGUCUUGCAGAUUAUACAGUUCGGGACCGUAUCUUUGCCAAGGGUGGGUAUGCCGGCCCCCUAUCUUGGUAUAAAGCCGCGAUGCGUGGGGUCAAUGCUGAGGAUGAAGCCUCCGUACCCGAGGAGGAUAUCCCCUGCCCGUUGCCAAACUUGUUUGUAGCCGCGAAACAGGAUUAUGUCUGUCGGGCAGACUUGCAAAGCGAGCUGGCGAGGAAGUGGGCACCGAAUGGUAGGAUUGAGACUGUGGAAUGUGGGCAUUGGGUACAGCUGGAGAAGCCAGAGAUCUUGAACAGGCUGCUAGUUGAGUUUGCUGGGGAGGUGACUAAGAAUGACCAGUAG